GAACAAAUCAUUUUUUCUUUUCAUCCUGGCUGGUUCCCAUUCAACAUGGCUUUGUGCCUUAAACAAGUUUUUAACAAAGACAAAACAUUUCGUCCCCGGAAAAAAUUUGAACCAGGAACCCAGCGGUUUGAGCUAUACAAGAAAGCGCAAGCCUCACUGAAAUCGGGACUGGACCUGAAAACUGUAGUCCAGUUGCCCCCAGGGGAGAACAUCAAUGACUGGAUUGCUGUGCAUGUCGUGGACUUCUUCAACAGGAUAAAUCUUAUCUAUGGCACCAUGUCAGAGGUCUGUACUGAAAAGAGUUGCCCCAUCAUGUCAGGUGGGCUCAAGUAUGAAUACCGAUGGCAGGAUGACCACAGGUUUAAGAGGCCUACCAAGUUGCCAGCACCGCAGUAUAUGAGCAUGCUGAUGGAUUGGAUUGAGACUUUAAUUAACAAUGAGGACAUCUUUCCUACCAGAAUAGGUGUUCCUUUCCCUAAGAACUUCCAGCAGGUCUGCACAAAGAUCCUCACACGCCUCUUCAGGGUCUUCGUGCAUGUCUACAUCCACCACUUUGACAGCAUUAUCAGCAUGGGUGCAGAAGCUCACGUCAACACCUGCUACAAGCACUUCUAUUACUUCAUCAGCGAGUUUAGUUUGGUUGACCAAAGGGAACUGGAGCCACUGAAAGAAAUGACAGAGAGAAUUUGCCAUUAAAAUCAUUUGAUCAGCUUUGAAGAAUCAUU